AUGACAACGGCGACCCGUUCGAAGGCUCCUAAGGCGACCACAGAUGAGGCGCCAAGCAGGUCCAAAGAUCGUAUUAUCCCACUUGAAGCCGUAGCAGCGGCUGUCCUACUCGCUGUGUUGGCAUAUUGUUGGGGUCUCGGUGAUGGGAAAACCUUUUCCGACGGUGUUGACGAAGUUGUCCGUGUUACUUUCUGGUUCUUCCCCCGCGAAAUGGUGGUCGGUAUACACUGGGUUUUCUCGUUCAUCGCCGCCCUCGGAGCGAUCACCAUUGGUGUAUCGUCGGUACCGUCUCUAGCCAACAGAAGGGUGGUGAAGGCCGGAGUAGUCAUGGCGACCAUCGCGAUCGUAUAUCAGCUCAUUAUCCGUACCGUGGCCUUUGCAAUGUCCAUGUCGCAGAAGCCUGGUGCUCCUGCAACGCGGGCGCCACCUUUGUACCAGCUUUUCCAGGUUGUUUCUCUUCGUGUUCCGCCUUUUGCCGCCCUUAUCGCUCCCGUUACGAUCAGCAUCAUCACCAUGGAGCUCUUCGGAGCCCCGGUCAUCAGCGCUGAGAGGGCGACCACAGCAGCAGCAGCUAAUCAGAUUAAUUCUGUUGCUGAUUUCUUCAAUGGUGUAGAUGAUAUUCACACUGCUUCUGAUCGAAGCUUGGUAGACGGCAUACUAACUCCUAAGGCCAUGGCAUGGUCCGCUGUCGCCCUCACUGGCCUCUCCGGAGCCUUGCUCCUUGUGAACAUCCCUGAGAUCGAAAGCUCCUAUCGGGGAUACGCCACUCUUUCCUGGAUAGCUCAAGCCUCCUUUGCAAUUCUGUAUACCUCCGGUCCGUUUCCUCUCAAGUACUAUGCAAUGGGAGAUUUGGUCAUGUAUGUUCUCAAUGCGAACAACAUCCGAGAUUUGGAUUCUGACGCCGCUGUGGGCAUCUAUACUGUCGCCAACAUUCUCGGUCAUAGAUGGUGUCGCAUAUCACGUAUUUGCCUGAGCCCUCAGAGUGAUCCUGAAUACAAAAUGGUGGUGAAAUAUGCAUCUCAUACAACUCUUAUGUAUGGCCUGGCCUCAGCUAUGGGCAUAUCAACAGCUCCCAUCGGAGUCGGCUUGGACCAGGUCAGCUCGGGCGGGGUCCUCGCUACCUCAGCUGUGAUCGGCUUAUUGUAUUGUGUCGGUUAG